AUGGCUUUCAGUAAAGGAUACCGUGUCUAUCACAAGCUGGAUCCACUUCCCUUCAGUGUGAUCGUGGAAACCAGGAACAGAGAAGAAUGUCUCAUGUUUGAAUCCGGAGCUGUGGCUGUCCUCUCCUCUGCAGAAAAAGACACAAUCAAGAACACCUACUCCAAAGUAAUGGAUGCCUAUGGGCUCUUGGGUGUAUUAAGAUUAAACCUUGGGGACACACUGUUGCAUUACCUGGUUCUAGUAACAGGAUGCAUGUCUGUGGGGAAGAUUCAGGACUCUGAAGUUUUCCGAGUCACCUCCACUGAGUUUGUGUCGCUGCGAAUCGAUCCGACAGAUGAGGAUCGAAUUUCCGAAGUGCGCAAAGUUUUGAACUCAGGAAACUUUUAUUUUGCCUGGUCUGCAACUGGUGUCAGUUUAGAUCUGAGUCUCAGUGCUCACCGCAGCAUGCAGGAGCACACCACUGACAAUAGGUUUUUCUGGAACCAGUCCCUGCAUUUACAUCUGAAGCACUAUGGUGUGAACUGUGAUGACUGGCUGUUGCGCCUCAUGUGUGGGGGAGUGGAGAUCAGGACAAUUUAUGCGGCUCACAAGCAGGCCAAGGCUUGCCUCAUCUCCCGUCUGAGCUGUGAACGCGCCGGCACCAGGUUUAACGUCCGGGGCACCAAUGACGAUGGUCAUGUGGCUAAUUUUGUUGAAACAGAGCAGGUGAUAUAUUUAGAUGACUCCGUGUCAUCUUUCAUACAGAUUCGAGGAUCUGUUCCAUUAUUUUGGGAACAGCCAGGCCUGCAGGUGGGAUCCCAUCGUGUCAGAAUGUCGAGGGGGUUUGAAGCCAAUGCACCAGCUUUUGACAGGCAUUUCCAGACUCUCAAAAAUUUAUAUGGCAAGCAAAUCAUUGUAAAUUUACUUGGGGCAAAAGAAGGGGAGCACAUGCUCAGCAAAGCGUUUCAGAGCCAUUUGAAAGCAUCUGAGCAUUCAGCUGAUAUCAAAAUGGUGAACUUCGACUAUCAUCAGAUGGUUAAAGGUGGAAAGGCGGAAAAACUACACAGUGUGCUUAAACCUCAAGUCCAGAAAUUCUUAGAGUGUGGAUUUUUUUAUUUUGAUGGAAAGGAGGUGAAAAGGUCUCAGAGUGGUACUGUCAGAACCAACUGCUUGGACUGCCUGGAUAGAACAAACAGCGUGCAGGCUUUCUUUGGCUUGGAGAUGCUAACCAAACAGCUGGAGGUGUUGGGAUUAGCUGAGAAGCCUCAGUUAGUUACUCGCUUUCAGGAAGUUUUCCGAUCCAUGUGGUCUGUGAAUGGUGAUUCUGUCAGUAAAAUUUAUGCUGGAACUGGAGCCCUUGAAGGAAAAGCUAAGGCUGGAAAGCUGAAGGAUGGUGCUCGUUCUGUGACCAGAACGAUCCAAAAUAACUUUUUUGAUAGCUCCAAGCAGGAGGCCAUUGAUGUUUUGUUAUUGGGAAAUACCCUAAAUAGUGAUUUAGCAGAUAAAGCACGGGCUCUCUUAACCACCAGCAGUUUACGCGUUUCAGAGCAAUCAUUGCAAUCAGCAUCUGUAAAAGUGCUAAAGAGUAUGUGUGAGAACUUUUAUAAGUAUGCAAAACCGAAAAAGAUCCGAGUCUGCGUUGGGACAUGGAACGUCAACGGCGGGAAGCAGUUUCGAAGUAUUGCCUUUAGGAACCAGACCCUCACUGACUGGCUUCUGGAUGCACCAAAGCUAGCUGGGAUCCAUGAAUUCCAAGAUCGCAAAAACAAACCUGUGGACAUAUUUGCCAUUGGAUUUGAAGAAAUGGUGGAGUUAAAUGCAGGAAACAUUGUGAAUGCCAGCACAACCAACCAGAAGCUCUGGGCUGCUGAACUGCAGAAGACUAUAUCAAGAGACUACAAGUAUGUGCUGUUGGCUUCUGAGCAGCUGGUGGGCGUCUGCCUCUUCGUGUUCAUCAGGCCCCAGCACGCUCCGUUUAUCAGGGAUGUUGCUGUGGAUACUGUGAAGACUGGCAUGGGAGGAGCCACUGGGAACAAAGGUGCAGUAGCCAUUCGGAUGCUGUUCCAUACCUCCAGCCUCUGCUUUGUCUGCAGUCAUUUUGCUGCAGGGCAGUCCCAAGUUAAGGAGAGAAAUGAAGACUUCGUAGAAAUCUCUCGAAAGCUUGGUUUUCCCAUGGGAAGGAUGCUCUUCUCCCAUGACUAUAUUUUCUGGUGUGGUGACUUCAAUUAUCGAAUCGAUAUGCCAAACGAGGAGGUGAAGGACCUGAUUCGACAGCAGAACUGGGAUCCCCUCAUAGCAGGAGACCAACUUAUCAAUCAGAAAAAUUCUGGACAGAUUUUUAGGGGAUUUUUGGAAGGGAAAAUAAAUUUUGCUCCUACAUACAAAUAUGAUCUGUUCUCUGAUGACUACGACACCAGUGAAAAAUGUCGCACGCCGGCAUGGACGGAUCGGAUCCUGUGGAGGAGAAGGAAAUGGCCUUUUGACAGAUCAGCGGAAGAUCUGGAUCUCCUCAAUGCAAGUUUUCACAGUGACAGUAACGUCCCUUAUACGUGGAAUCCUGGCACUUUGUUGCACUACGGAAGAGCAGAGCUGAAAACUUCUGAUCAUAGGCCUGUGGUUGCGUUGAUUGACAUCGACAUAUUUGAAAUUGAAGCAGAAGAGAGACAAAAAGUUUAUAAGGAGGUGAUUGCAAUGCAAGGACCACCUGACGGUACUGUGAUGGUCUCCAUCAGAAGUUCAGCAGAAGAAAACUAUUUUGAUGAUAACUUGAUUGAUGUUCUUCUUCAAAAAUUUGCAGGCUAUGGCGAAGUGAUACUUAUAAGGUUUGUGGAAGACAAGAUGUGGGUAACAUUUUUGGAAGGAAGCUCUGCUUUGAAUGUUAUGAACUUGAAUGGUAUUGAGCUACAAGGAAGGAUUAUAAACAUAACCUUGAAAAACCCAGAUUGGAUCAGAAGUUUGGAAGAUGAAAUGAGUCUAGAGAAAAUUAAUAUUGGGUUACCUUCAUCAACAAGCUCCACUUUGCUUUGUGAAGAUGCCGAAGUUACUGCAGACUAUGAUAUGGAAGGAGACAUUGAUGACUACAGUGCUGAAGUAGAAGAAAUCCUUCCUCAGCAUCUCCAGCCAACUUCAGGCUCAGGGAUGGGAACUUCGCCAAGCUCUUCGCCACGUUCCAGCCCCUGUCAGUCCCCAACGCUGCCGGACGGCCCCGCGCUCCCGGCCAGGCCCAGCCGAGCCCCAGCAAAAACCCCUGGGCCACCUGUUGGUGCCCAGCAGAAAGAGUCUUCUCCUCAGAGCUUGGAGCCGAAGCGUCCUCCCCCACCUCGUCCUGUGGCUCCUCCUGCACGUCCUGCUCCGCCACAGAGGCCUCCUCCACCCUCAGGCGGUAGGAGUCCUGCACCUGCUAGAAAAGAAUUUGGAGGUUUUGGAGCUCCUCCCAGCCCUGGGGUAGCUAGGAGAGAAGUAGAAGUUCGUAACCAGCCUCCACCUUCAGCGGGUACAGCCAGACCGACUAUUCCUCCUCGAGCUGGAGUUAUCAGUGCCCCACAAAGCCAUGUCCGUCCCUCGGGGGGAAGACCAGCACCUGAGACUCAGACCAAACCAGCUGAACCACCAAGGGGCUCACCAGUGCUUCCUGAACCAAUGAAGCCUCAGGCUGCUGGACCUGCUCAGCCUGCCACUCAGCCACAGCCUGUGCUGAGGAUGCAGGAGCCCCUCAUACCUGUGGCAUCUCAGCCAGCUCCGGCAAGUGCCCCUCAAGGUCUGGAGCCCCCACAGCCACCUCCUCGUAGCCGAUCGUCUCACAGUUUGCCUUCUGAAACUGCUCCAGCCCAGCAGCAAAUGAAAGCAAAUGGAUCAUACUGCUCCAACCCCGACCCCCAGCCCAGCAGUGACCCCUUUGAAGAUCUGUCAUUUCAGCUGCUCAUGUCCAAGAUGCAGACAUCUGCCCGAAUAUCACCUGCUCUGACCUUAAACCAAAAGGAGUUGACACAGUUGCCUUCAGCAACACAACGAAAUGCUGAUAUAUCAAAUACUGUAAAUUGCAUGCCAGCAAUGCCUCUUGUUCCAGCCUUCCCCGCAUCCCUGGAUCAUAAACGCAGCUCUCCAAAUCCUUUCAUUACUGGGCUGAACUGCACAAAUCCAUUCACUGAAAGAACUCCUGGAAACCCAUUUAGACCAGAAACACAAGAGUCCGGAAUGCCCUUACAGGUACUGGGAGGACCUGCCCCUUGCCAUCCCUUCCCUCCUCUGCAUCCCCCCAGCCAGAAUACAAACAAGCCUCUAUUGCCUGUGGAUGCAGCUGAAAACACACUUUGCUUGCGAAGUAAAUCUCUCAUGGUAGAAAAUGUGCAGCCCAAGGGGUGGGUAACGUUUGAUGAGGAUGAGAACUUCAACGCGAAGCUAAAGCCAUCUCAAAGUGUUCCAGAUUUUAAGCAACUUGGCUCCAGGAAGGCAGCUGGAUCUCCAGAUCUGCUGGGCACUCAACAAAACACUUUUCUUCAUUCAGACUUUCACUUUGCUGAUGACUGGAACAAAAGUUCUACUGAUUGCUUCUAUACAAUGCCAGCCAGAAGACCCCCUGCACCACCUGUACCAUCCAGAGCAACCAGCAACAGGUCCCCUGCAGAUCCUUUCACCUCUCUGGCACCCAAGGUGUCAUCAGCUCAUGAUUUUACAGAAAGAUAG